AUGUCGUCCACUUGCGAGAAAACCAGCGAGCAUCAAUCUGAAGAGACGCUCAAAGCGACCAUACUGUCCCACGCUCGCGCAGUCUUUGGUGAACAUUGGCCCAAAGGCUGCGAAUUCGACGUCAUCAUUAGUGAUAUUUGGAUGCACGGUGCCCCAUCACUCUUCUCGGCCUGGGUCAUCGUCUAUCCUGAUGCCGGAGAAUCCAAUUGGGUGCCUAUUCUAGACACCUUCGGCACCAUCAGCGUGAGCUUGGCGUACGAUGAUCUGAUUCGGGAGUUGCGCAGGAGGGUCGCUGAUGUCAUGGGUCAGUGA